AUGGCGGACACUGCCUCGAAGCAUCGAGCUGAGUUUGCCUUUGCUCAGCUUGAGAACGAGAGAUCUCUGACAUCUCUUCGUGACGAGCUAAGGGUAGCUCGUGGGAUUGUUGAUCGGUCUCGGGCUGAGAUAACUGCUCUUCAGACCCUUGUUGAUGCCCACCAUCGGGAGCACAAGGCUCUCUGCGAGAUGCUUGAGCGCAAUGGCGUUCUUCAUCGGAAGAAGCAGCGUACUGAUGGUACGGCUUAA